UAUUUUAGGAAAAUUCAGAUAGAAAGUAGCUUUCACUUUAAUAGCACCUGGCAAAUAAUUCGGGAAGUUGUCGCAGAAUGAAUCAGAAAGCGCUUUCCGCUAAAGAUUAAUUGUGAUAGAUCCCUAAUAGUUGUUUUAAAAUAUAAAUAAACUAUAUAGUAUUCGUCUAUUCUUUUUAUCCGUCAACAGAAAGGUAGCCUAAUAUUUUUAAAAUUUAAAUAGUUAAAAUACUAUCCUACGCUGUCUAGAACUCUGCCUACUCAUACUCGGCUAGGCCUAAUUCUUAGUCUUAGUCUUAGUCUUGGACUCGCUUAAACUUAUUGAUCACUUAGUCAGUCUUGUCUCUUAUAAUUAUUCCUUAUAUUUGUAAUUUUCUAGGUUAUAAUUAAUAAUAUUAGUCUUGUCUAGUCUAUAGGACAAUGUCACUAUAGUCAAUAGUAUUAUAAUAAUUAAAAUUAGUAUAUUAAUCAUAUUAUAUAAUACUACCGGUAGAUCAUAAUAGAUGAUAACAAAAUUAAAACUUUAAAUAAUAAACCAAUGGCAUAGUUGAAUAGAGCUAAUUUUUAAAAGAAUUAUAACACCAAAAUCAUAUUUUUAGCUGUUGUAGUUUUAAAGUUAUGAAUUUUUAAAGUACGACUUAAUUUGUCCUUUUUUAACAUUAACUGUACUAUUAACAUUAACAUGGACUGCAUCUCCAUUUUCUGGGACCCAAUUCCACUGUUCACGUCACGAGCUAUAUAACUCUUGUUUUAAUGAUAAUUUUAUUUUCAGAACUAAUGCUGUAUUAAAAAAUAAGUAAAUAAUAAUUGUAGCUAAAUAAUUGUAGUAAAAUAAAUUGUAGCUAAUCUAACUAUGCACUAUUUAUAUCAGUAAAUUUAAUUUAUUUAAUAUAAUGUAUUAAUAUAUGGCUUUUCUGUUUACCAAAUCUAAGACGUCCAUUAUUCCGAUAUUUGCUACGAAGUGUCUACACGUCCGGCGGUAUGUCACGUGACCGCUGGAAGGCUAGUAUUAUAUAAUUCCGAACGAAGUACUGUUUGGUAGAUCUUGUGUGGUCUAGUGGUAGAGUGGUCGCUUGACGAUAUUAUGAUUUGAGGAUCAAUACCGCUUUUUUUUUACUCCCAUUUUAAUGUAAAAUAUUUUAUACUAUAUUUAUAUUAUCAUAUUCAUCAGCAACUGUAGUUUCAUGAGAAGUUUUUAAAUAUUUUGUAACAAUUUAAAAUGAAAUCUUUUACUUUUAUUGGUUGCCUACUCCACACUGGCCCCUAAUUUAUUUUAUGGAUUACUGGUGCACAAACUCAAAUAACAAACUAAACAAAAAUGUUUACAAGCCACUUUCACUUAAGUUUUUUUCUAUUAUUUGCAUUCAAGAUACUCAGUACAUUACUUGGUAGAGAAAUAGAUUUUAAAAUUAACAAUAGUUUUAAAUCAUUCACAGUCCCUUGACAAGGCUGACCGACAAGAUAUCGCUCAUCACUUUGUUACGGCGGUCAUGUGACUAGGUCGCCGGACAAAUAGUGCGGGAGAUAUACGUCCGGCGCGCCGAACGUGUAGACACUUCCUAUUUGCUAUAUAGUCUAUGUAAGGCAACUCAUUCCCUAAUUACGAAAAUACUGUUUGGGAACUAUUGAACUUUCAACUUUGGUACAUGACUAAUUAAUUAAAGCUUUCCCUGACCUAGUUUAAUAGUUUUUGCACACAGCAAACUUUUAUGAAUGAAAACUCUGAGAUAGUAGUAAAUAAUAGCCAUUAUGCAAGUCACUGUGAAUCGUGAAUGGCCGCCAUGACAUUUUGCACACCGCGAAUUUUGAUCAUUUAUAAUAUGGACUCUGUCGGGUUUUUUUAACCUCAAAUUAAAAUAUUAUUCUUUCAAUACAUUUAAAUUCAUUCUAAAACAUAAGUUAUAAAAUAUUUUGAUGUAAAUAGUGGAAAUAAUUAAAUAUAUCCUAAGUAACUGCGCCUUCCGCCACUGAAAGGGGGGGCGUGGCCACUUCCUUAUCGAAAUUGGGCUGAGCUACAUUACCAUAUAAGGGUAUAGGGGUUUACUCAAGUGAGCAUAACAAGUGACCGACAUGUCCUAACUCAAUGAGAAUUGACACAAAUACACAUCGAUAGCUAAUACAGAAUAAGACUUUUUUUUAAAGACAUAAAAGUUGAACUUCUAUAUGAAUUUUAUAGUGAAAGAUGCCUUAUAUUUAAAGGGGAAUCUCAAAAUACAUGUCGAUUGAAAAAUUGAAACAAAUCAACGUAAAUGUAGGCCAAGAUGUCUACCUAAUUAUAAGGCCGGUAACGGAAGUACUCAUUUAAUAAUAAAUAGACACACACACCGGAAAUUUAAAAACUCACAUUUUUCGGCGCCGAUUUCCAUUUCCAAUACACAAAAGGUAGUAGCCUCCCUUGGUUUACCGAAGUUUCUACUACCGGUAAUAAUGAUUUAUAAAUAUAUAAUAAUAUAUACUUGUACCUAACUUCGUCCAAAUUUGAAGCCAAAUUAUUUAAUGAAAAUUAAUGAAUUUAAUGCCCAUAGCCAUAGAUCAUAGAGAAAUAAUCCAGAGUAAUGGAAACAGUAGACUGAGUAAUUAGUAGACUAGUAUUUACUAAUUUAGUAAAUUUAUGUCCCCAACAGUAAGAGUAUGAGUAUAUAGUGGCUUGGCUUUUGCCAAGAGUAAGAGCUGUCUCACCCCAAGCAAACUGACAUAAUUUUUUAUCAACCAUAAAGAUGCAGAGCUAAAGAUCAAAUCUUUUGAUUACAAAACUAUGGCCGGUAGUUGACCUAAGGAUCCUCCAACUCCAUGACCUAUAAAAUAUAUACAGCGGAAGACAUUCCCAGCCUUGCCGCUACCAACAUCAUAGCCAACUUAGACUCUAGUUAGCUAGUAGUUAGAGGCCCAACCUAAAAUGUUCUUUUGUAAAACAGUAACAGUUGAGUUAGCCUUAUUGUACAGUUGAUUUUUAUUAUUAUUUUAUUUAUUUUAAUUGCAGGCUAGUCAACAUGUCAGGGAUUGCCCUAGGACGUUUAGGUGAAGAAAGAAAGGCGUGGCGAAAAGAUCACCCUUUUGUAAGUUACUUAUUAAUAUACCGAUUCUCAUUAUUAUUAUUAUUAUUAUUAUAAUUCACUCGAUGUCACCAUCAUUGGCAUCAAAGUCAACAUCAAUCAUUAUGCAGGUUAAUGCUUAGUGCAGAUGGGGGAGAUCCUCUAAACUAUGGUCAUGCAUAUCAUCAUUUAUUUUCCCUGGUAGAAUAUUUGAAGUGUUGUAAUUUUUAUUUUUAAAAAAUGAAUUUCAAUGGUUUUUAAGACAAUAGUAUUUCUUUUAUUUUUUAUCCGUUUUAUCCAUUUAGACCAUUAUAUAAAUAUAUAAUAAAUUUUACAGAAAAUGUCAAUUCUUGAGUUUCACUGAAAGAUUUAAAACAGAUUUUAUUUUCAUUUCUUAAUCUAGCUGGUUCAUUUUAAACUUUAAUAAACUUAUUAUAUAUAAAGCUACAAUUUGAAUGAAGUCCUCCCAUUUUGGUGCAAUAUAUGUUCUACUUCUACUAGUAAAUAUGAAAAAUAGUAUUUUCCUUGUUGAAAAUUUGAUUUUUAAUAUAUAUAUUUUUACAUCCCAGGGUUUUGUUGCAAAGCCUACUAAGAAUCCAGAUGGAACCUUAAAUCUAUUAAACUGGGAGUGUAAAAUCCCUGGAAAAAAGGGGGUGAGUGAGGAUGAAAAAUAGUUCAAAAGUCAGUUUUUUGAAAAUUUAUAAUUCCAAGAUUGUUGUCUUUCUAUCGUUUUAUUUAUAUUUUUUAUUAUACCAUGUGUAAUCAAAACCACGAAAAAAAAUUUCUUAUAAUUUUUUUUACUGCAUAACCCAGAAGUUACUUUGAAUUUGAAAACUUGGCAUAAGCAUUGAUCAUUGUUUAAAUUUAUCCCUCAUGGAAGGAGUUGUUCUGAUCAUAAUCGGCAUACUGUUUUUUACAAAUGAAAUAUCUAAAAAGUUUCUUUUUUGCAUACUGAAACUUUCUACACUGUUUCACUUGGGGCAUGUUAGGUUACUUGCAUAUCAGUCAAUAUCAAAUCACAGUUCAGACACUUAUGAAAUGUUGUGAUAGCUUGAACAUAUAUAUAUAUAUUUAAAAUCUGCAUUCUAAAGUUUGUUAAAAACCAAAAACUGUGACAUGUUUCUGUGUUGCACAUUCAUUUCAAUACAUUUUAUUCUCUUUGUUACAAAUUACCAGACUCCAUGGGAAGGAGGGUUGUAUAUGCUUAGAAUGCUUUUCAAAGAUGACUAUCCAAGCUCACCACCAAAAUGUAAGUAGAUAGACAGAUAACCCAACUAAUAUUUUAAAUAUUUUAUUAAGAAGUUAAUACAUAUUUUUAAGGCUGCGACUAUUAAUACAAGUGUUCCAGAAGUGAGAGGUUGGGAUUAAAAAACUAUUUAAAAUAUUAUUAUUGGGUUUGUAAGACAAAAUGAGGUAUCAAAUGAAAGAUAAUUGAAUGGACUAUAUGUUUGUAAACUUAAUUCUUCAGUUUAACUAAAAUAAACUUCCACAAAUGACAUCUGAAUAGCAUUUAGUCAAAAUGCAUUGCCGCCAUUCGCACCGGGUCCCAUUACACUCAAUGCUAUUCGAAUGUCAUUUGUGGUAGUUUAUUUUAGUUAAACUGAAGAAGUAACAAUGGUCAGCACAAAAUUUUGGGAAGGAAGAAUAACCAAAGAUAAUUUUCUUAUAAAAAGCAUUGGAUGUUUGAAAAUUUUUUAAAAUGUAUGUGGAUCAUUUCAGGCAAAUUUGAACCACCUUUGUUCCACCCAAAUGUCUACCCAUCUGGCACCGUGUGCCUCUCCUUACUUGAUGAAGAAAAAGAUUGGCGUCCAGCAGUCACAAUAAAACAGGUAUUAAUUUUUCUGCUCCUAGCAAAUCAUGCAUGUGUGACCAACCUUAAAAUGUAUGUUAACUUGAAAUGUAUUUUUUAAUCUAUGUAAUUCAUAUCGUUCUUGUAAGUACUUUUACUUACCAUUAAGUUAUGUGAAGUUUUUGUUGUUACUUUAGGAUUGAGACCAGUUUGUGGGGUGGGGAGGGGUUUUUAUUGUAAAGGCAAAGCUUUAAAAAAAUAACUUAAAAACAUUGGUUUACGAUUAGCCAUAAUGCCAAAGUUACAAUUAGAGUUAGAUUGUAAUUAAUCAGCCUCUGAAACAGUUUUUUUUUAAAAAUGUGUUUAUGUUUUACACUUAAGUUAGCAGUCAGAUGAUGUACAUAGGUGAGCUAGUUAUUUUUGCUCAUUAAAUAGAAAAAUUUUUUUUUUACAUGCAUAACUUUUUAAUUUGUUUAAAACAGCAGAAGAUUUGGUGUCAUAUUCAGUGUUAACAAAUUUUGUGUGAAUCAAUUGAACCCUUAUAACUUAUAAUAAAAUUGCACUGCUCAGUUUCUUCAUAAGUAAAUUGUAAAUUACUAUGACUAUGAUAAAUACAAAUCUAUGUUGACAUCUCAAAUUAACAAAUUUCUUUCACAUUUACUGCUUUUAGAAAUGCUCAUCCCCCUCCCCCCAUUAUUUUGAGAUAAAUCUCAAUUAACUCUGAAAGUAAAUUAUAUUGAAGUCUUUUCAAUAACUCAUGAUCUAUGGAAUAUAUAAUCCCCACCCUGUUUGGCGUGACUAAGUUUUUUUAUCAUGAAUCUAUAAUUUCAUGGAUAAAUUAGUUAAAAACACUGAAUUUUGAUUUUGUUAUUUAAAAAUUUCUUAGUUCUGGCAUGCUUUAUAAAUGUACACAACCAUUGGAGCUGCAAUAUUAGUUCAACUAAGCCAACAUAGUUUUAAAACUGGACAUUUAAAGUAAUGAAUAAUGAUUUCUAUCAGUCAUUGGACUACUAAUCCACAAGCCCCAAUUGUGUGAACUGUUACUGGAUAAAAGAAAUUUAUUCACUGGAUUUUAGAUUUUAUAAAUUGGUUCAAUGUAGGCCAAUAUACAGGCCUAUACAAUUAAGUUUCUGAAAGAAAAACUGAGGUGACUACUGAUAAGCAAUUACAGUUUCAUUUCUUUUGGACCCCAUGAAAAGGACUUGUAUGCUAAGAUGAUACAUGUAACAACCAUUUAAAGUAAUAAAGAGAAACAAGAGAGGAUAGGAUAUGCUUAUUUCAUAAACGCAGCUUAUAAACAUUAUGGACCCAAAUAGCUGUGAAUGAAUUAUCAGUUAUUGCAGAUUCAACAGCUAAUUCAACAGUAUAAAUGGUUCUGUUGUUUAUACAGGUUAAUAUGCCUAGUUGAUUGGCUUGUGAUAAAUUUAGUUGAAAGAUAUCAGCUUUUGAAUAAAUACAAAUGAUGUGGACAAUGUGGUUAGUAGAAGAAAAAAACAGAGGUAGAGAGCCUUAUUCUUUCAUUUUAAUGAAAUUUUUAGUUUUAGGGUGAAAACUGUAAUAGUCACAUUUAUUUAUUUUAUUUAUUUAGGCAUUUUUAUAUAGCGCUUACCUUAAAGCUCUAAGCGCUUUACAAUUAUUAAAAACAUGUAAACUAAGUAAAAUAAAAAUGAGACACUAGGAUAGUAACUACUAUACUAUAGAAACCAAUUAAAAUGGCUAUAAAACGAGGACUUCAUUUAACCUGAGGAAAACAAAAUGCAUUUCUUGAAUAAUUAAAGAUCUGGUAGCUUCAGUCGUUUUGAUUCAACAGUAGAUUUAAUCAGGCGAUGACAAAUUUGUUGACAUGGCUCAUGUUUCAGCCUCAGCAAUGUGAGUGAUUAUAACUUAGCAUGCAGUUAAAACUGCAAUGGUUUCUUGCAGUAAAGAAAUAAUGUACGAAAAUAGAUUUAUAAAAUAGAAGAUUUAGGACUUUUUCUGCUGCCUUUGUUAAAUAUAAAUAUAACAGUUUUCUGGCAAAAAAAAAAUAGUCAUAUUUCAUAAUCUAUGGUUUAUUUGUACCCAAUAUUUAAAAAAAAAAUAUGUUAAAUUAUUUUUCUCCAAUUAUAUUGAUAUCUGAUAAUAAUAGUAUUUAUCUCAGUAAAAACUUGCCUUGUUUUAUUUAAUUUGUUAAAGAUAAAUGAUGCAAAUUAUAAAAUUUCACUAAUUAAAAAAAUGAAUGCAAAUUAAAAGUACCAUUAGUUAAUACUAAUUUUGGUAAAAUUACUUAUAUGUGUUGUAAAAAUUUCCUUAAAAUUAAGUGAACAAAAAAAUACAAAGAGAAACCAAGAAUAUUUGAGAGUUAAUACAUAUACUGAUUUUUGGCAAUUGAAACUAUUUUAAUUUUGUAUUAUUAUUUUUGUGUAGAUUCUCCUUGGUAUACAGGAGCUAUUGAAUGAACCUAAUAUAAAGGAUCCUGCACAAGCUGAAGCAUAUACAAUCUACUGGUGAGUUGUCAAUGAAGACAAUUAUAAUUAUGUUUUCUUUCACUUACCCAUUGGAUCUGGAUGUGAUUUAGUGAAGAUGUAUUACAUAGCAGGUUACAGCAGAUAUUUUAUAUUGUGUACUAUUGCUUUUUUUAAAACUUAUUUAUGCCUUUUACCCCACCUGAGGCAUAGGCCACCUACAAGAAUUUUUCAUUCAUCUUGGCUCUUAUCUUAUAUUUUGUAUGUCUUUAGUUUGCUAGAUUCAGCUUCUUUGAUUCUCAUAUUUUCUUUAACAGUACAAAUGCUGACCUCAGUCUUUUUCCCAUUCUAACCCUGACAUCUGCUUCUAAUCCACCAUUUAAUGUCAAUGGUGUUGCCCAAGUAUGUGAAGACCUCCACAUCUCUCCUAUUCUAGCCCUGACAUCUGCUUCUAAACCACCAUUUAAUGUCAAUUGUGCUGCCCAAGUAGAUGAAGGCCUCCACCUUCCAAUGCAUUUCCUGAAUAAGUUCAUGGUUAGCUGAGUUUAUCUUCAUGAUCUUUGUCUUGCUUCUACUUAUGUUGAGUAAAAGCAGUGAUGAAAUAGUGGCUACAUCUCAUAUUUUUUGCAUUUGUUGCUGGUUGUGGGGCAGAAAUGCAAUGUCAUCUGGAAAUUCUAGGUCAUUCAGUUGUUCUCAGGGUGUCCACUUUAUCCCGUUCCACUUUUUGUCUGAGGAUUUUUUCAUUAUACCAUCAUUGGUAGGAAUGAAUUGUAUGGAGACAUCCUUGUCUGACUCCUUUUUCAGCUGUAAAGCCAUCUAUAACUAAAAGUCUACCACUCUGCAUAUCAUUUAUUGUUUCAGAGCUUUAUUUUAAGAUGUAACUUUCAUUUAAAAAGUGGGACUGAAGUUUAUUUAUAAAUUAAUAUUUGGACACACCUGUUAAAAAUGCCUUUGUUAACAUUUGGAACUUCUAGUAUUAUUUUUUUUUCUAUUUCCAUACCAUUAGUCAAAACAGAGCUGAAUAUGAGAGGAGGGUCAGGGAACAGGCUUCAAGGUACAGAGAUCCUACUUACAAAUAAGCUCCCAUCUCAGACACUUCUCUUCAGACUAGGUAGAGAUUCCAGGUGGCUGGUUAUUUUGUAAGAAGCUUCAGAAUAAAAUGGACUAAAACAACUUAGAGCAAUAUAUUUAGCAAUUAAGUGAAAUAAUGUACUAGUCAGCUACUGGAAUCACACACUCUUGACAUUGACAGCUAAAAUUAAUUGUUCUGUAAAUUAUCUUCUUUUUAAAAAAAACAUAUUUGCAAUCAUAAUAGCAUCUGUGCUGGACUAUACUGUACCUUAUCAUGUAUAAAGGUUUAUGUUAUUUCUGUCACACGAAAUAUAAAUUGAUCUGUGUAUUUUAUAUGGAUCUAAUUUUCAAUUUUAUUAAAAUAAUGUUGUCAAAUUUUGAUGGUGUUGUAUUCUUUUAAAUUACCAUUUAUGCUUAUAAAACGAACAUGACUCAUAUUACAGACUCUUAAAUACA